AUGUCAAGUAAUGGAUGUUUGUCAGACUUUGAGGUCACAGAGCCAUUGCCCAAUAUCACUUGGGACCUUGGGCGCAGCUUUGCCGGUAACCUCCCUGUCCAGCGGGAGGGACAUCCCAACGACACGCUUUACUUCUGGGGUUUUGAAUCAUCAUCUGGUUCCUUGACUGCCGCAGCAGGUGAAAACAGCGACGCACCAUGGGGCAUCUGGUUGAAUGGAGGUCCUGGUGCUUCGAGUCUACUUGGAUUGUUAUACGAGAAUGGUCCUAUUCACUUGAAUCCCGAUCUCGGCGCAUAUGAAAAUCCGUAUGGAUGGAAUAACCUCGCCGAUUACUUCUGGAUAGAUCAACCAGUAGGGACGGGCUGGUCCACCGCGGAUGCUACGGGAUUUGUGUACGACGAAGAUCAAGUCGGAACAGACUUUAUGGGAUUUCUCGACAAUCUUGUGAAAGUAUUUCCAAGCUUGAAAACACGACCUCUCCACUUGACCGGAGAGAGUUACGCUGGGAUGUUCAUCCCCUACAUCACCAAAGCGUAUUUCGGCAUGUCAGAUCCCCCUGUGAACCUUGCCAAAAUUGCUAUUGGAGAUGGAACGAUUGGUUCUGAGGCCGUCUAUGAGUAUCUUCCAACUUUGACCGUCAUGCAAACGUAUCCGCAACUCAUUGGCUACGAUACUGAGGUUUUCGAGUGGUUCAGAGAGCAGGAACACCUCUGCGGCUACGACCUGAACUUGACAUACCCGCAGGACGGUUACUUCCCUGAUUUGCAACUCGUUUACCCUACCGACCCUGCGCGCAUACCCGACCUCUAUAUGAAGAAGCGCAGCCUGCCCAAAUCCUGGCGGGGCAUGAUGCAAGAGGGCCGCAGGCGCUACGGCUCAUCUAGCGUGCGUGCGAAGGACCGUGCGAAUGGGAUUCAAAGGCAGCAUAUGAAGCGCGACCUGGCGGGGCGAGCUAACGGGACGAUCGACCCAUGGUACGGAUGCUUCUUGUACGACGGGAUGGUCGACUAUGCCCUCAACUUCACCUAUCCGUGGGAUGUCACCAGCAGCUUCAGUGGAAUCGAUGUGUAUGAUAUCCCCGAUGCACUUAACCCAGAGAUCCCCAUGGACGGUAGCUACUUCUUCAAUGAUCCCCAAACUGUAGCAGCACUGCACGCUCCCACGAGCCAGCCGUGGGUCGGAGAGAUGGAAUACUACCCCUUCCUUGGCGGUGCAGACAAUGAUUACAACGAUCCUAGUGUCGAGUGCGUCUUCAUCUCUAUAUUCCUGAUCUUGGAAGCGUGCCAACACGAUGCACAGGCCGAUGGCCUUCCUUACAGAGCUAGCAACUAA